AUGAUAGCAGAUUCUAUUGGUGAUGAUAAAGUUAUUAGAAUUUUUGGUCGUGAAAUAUCGAGAGAUAUUUUUAUGCUAAAAGUUUUUUACCUUUUAUAUUUUGCCUCAUUUGGUUCAUUAUUUCCAUUGUUAGCUGUUUAUUUUAAACAAUUAGGAAUGACAGCAGCACAGGCAGGACUUUUGUUAGGUUCAAGACCAUUUAUUGAAUUUGCCUCAGAACCAUUUUGGGGAUUUUAUGCUGAUAAAUUUAAAAGUGGAAAAUUUUUAUUAUUAUUUUCUUUAGGAUCUUUAGUUAUUUCAACAUUAGCAAUAGGAUUCGUCCAACCCCAAACACCAUAUUGUGUAAUAUUAGAUAAAAAUAUUACCAAAGAUAAUUGUAUGUAUCUUGCUGCAGCUGGACCAGCUAUUAAAGGUGGACCAUUAGGUUUAAUUAAAGAAUCAGUUGGAUUGGGAAGAAGAAAAAGAAGAGAUGCAAGUAAUCAAAUUAUAGAUACAAUUAUAGAUCUUAGUAGUUAUGAUAAGGAAGAAGAUAUGAUUCCAGGUAUUGCACCAGAAUAUAUUACAUCUGAUAAAGUAUGUAAUUAUGAAGAAUCUCAAUAUGGAAUUUUACUUUCACCACCUCAUAGUUCAAGAGUUUAUAGAGAACCAGCUGUUGAACAGGCAUUUAUGCUUCUACUAUUAAUAAUACUUAUUGGUGAAUUUUUUUCAUCACCAGCAAUAGUUCUUGUUGAUGGGAUAACUUUAUCUGUUGUCAAAAAUACACCAAAAAUGUUUGGUAGAGUUCGUUUAUUUGGUUCUAUUGGUUGGGGUGUUGCUAUGUUUAUAAUGGGUAUUGGUCUUGAUUACUCUGAUACUUUUAAAAAUCAUCCAUGUCCAAUAAAAAAUACUACAGAAAAAAAUUAUACAAUAUGUUUUUUAACAUGUUCUUUAUUUACAGUAUUAUCAAUGAUUGUAUCAACUCAAUUAAAAUUUCCAAAAUCAGAACAACAAACAAAGGCAGAAGAGAUUGGUGGAUUAGUUAUGGAUAGUCGAGUUGAGGAAGUUGAUCCAGCUAUUGCUCAAAGAACAAUGGGAAAACAGUUACAUGCACCAGAAAAUACCUCAGAAACAUUUUUAUCAAAAUGGGGAGCAUUAAUAAAGGCAUCAUUAAAUCUUCCAUUUACAAUUUAUCUUCUUUCUAUUGCUAUAAUUGGAUUUGGUUCAGGUUUAAAUUUUAGUUUUUUGUUUUGGCAUCUUCAAGAUUUUGGAGGAUCACCAACAUUAUUUGGUUUAUGUUCUGUUGUUAAUCAUAUAGCAGAAGUUAUCAUGUUCUUUUAUUCAUUUAGUGUUAUAAAUAAAUAUGGUUAUGUCAAAACAAUGUAUGGUUUACUUGGUGCUAAUAUUUUAAGAUUUUUAGCACUUUCAUGGUUAACAAAUCCAUGGAUGGUUUUACCAUUACAAUUUGUUCAAGGUAUAAUUAAUUCACUUACUUGGGCAUGUGCCUCAUCAUAUGUUUCAUUAGUUGCUCCACCACAUCUUAAACAACAAUGUCAAAGAUUUUUAGCACUUCUUUUUAAUGGAAUAGCAAGAGGUUGUGGUGGAAUUAUUGGUGGAUUUAUAAUUUCUUAUGUUGGAACAAGAACAAUGUUUCAAAUAAAUGCAUUAAUUUCAAUAAUAAUUUUAGUUUCUAAUUAUUGUAUUAACAAGCUUACAAAAGGUUCUGGUUUUAAAUACAAUACAUAUGGUGAAUUUGAUGAUGAUGGUGCUGAUGCAGCAUUAGCACCACAUGGUAUACCGUUAAUAUCAGGUGAAAAUAAUUUACAAAAUGCAUUUAAUCAAACUAGUGUUAUAAACACAAACUAUGGAACUAUUGGUCAAGAUCCCCAAGAUGAAGCUUAUGAUAGAUAUGUUAGUAAUCCUUAUGACUAG